UGUAUGACAAAGCUAAGGGUUUGCCGGGCAGGCUCAUCAGUGCUGCAGUUUGACAGUGAGCAGUGAUGUUUGUCUAAGAGGAUUGGUGGCCAGAAAUAAGUCACACUGUCUAAUGAGACACAGGGACACAGCCGGGCAGGAUGCCAUGGCAUUUCUUGCGUGCGCCUUUCUCAUAAGCAAAAUGGCCUCAUGCUGAAGAGGGUGGUCACACAGUCUGAGGAAUUACAGGUCAAAGUGGAAUUUUGGGAUUUAAUGGAGAAGAUCUGAGUAAGCCCUGGAUUUGGAAAUGAGUGAAUCUGUGGAGCUGUGAUCUCUCCCGCAAAUCCAAUGGGGAAUGUCUGUGGAUGUGUAAGAGCUGAGAAAGAAGAACAAUAUUUAGAUCCUGCCAAAACUCCUUUGAGCCCUGAAAAAUAUUCUCCCGGAAGAAAAUAUUUCAGAAGAAAACCAAUCAAGAAAAUUGUAAAGGACACAGAGCCUGGAGAGCCCAACAAUGAAAAUGAGGGAAAGAAGAAGAGCAGCAUUCAGCUCUCAAGAGAACAGCCAGCUCUUUUAUCCAGGGGACUGGCACGGGAAGAAUCUAUUGCCCCAGACCUCACACUGGAAGAUGGUAUUCGGGAGGAGAAGGCAGAAGUGGUAGCCGACAGUGUUAAGCAGAAACUUUUGCCGAGUGCUGUGAGCAGCUGGCCUUACCGUGUGAACAUUUCCCCUGCUGAAGGCAGUGAAACAGAAGUAAAAGUUAGUGAGCUGGAUGAAAGGAUUUCAGAAAAAGACAGCACUCCAUAUUGUACAAAGAGGAAGAAGCAUGUAGAUGAUGUCAACACAAGAGAAAUAACAUUCCAGAGCAAAACUGAUGUUUUUUCUUUCCGAAAGGCAGCCAGCGUCAGUUCCACUCACAGUGGUACAGAGAGAUCACUUGAAAAAAGUGAGUUCUCUGAAGACCCAUCAAAAAAUUUCAGUAGUGGUCAAGAAAAGCAAAACACUGAGAGAUUUUAUCCUUAUGAAAUACACCAUUUUCAGCUUGAAAAAAAAAGAUGUCAUUCCCUCUGUACUAAUGUGCCCUCUACUUCCAAGGACACAAAUGAAAAUGAGAUAUCUGAUAUCCAUGUUACUGGAGAGUCAGAGGACAUGUCUGCGAAGGAGAGGUUGCUCCUGUGGACACAGCAGGCAACGGAGGGUUAUGCUGGAAUACGGUGUGAAAAUUUCACUACCUGCUGGAGAGAUGGAAAACUAUUUAAUGCCAUCAUUCAUAAAUACAGGCCGGACCUGAUAGACAUGAAUACUGUUGCUGUUCAAAGCAACCUCGCAAAUUUAGAGCACGCUUUUUAUGUAGCAGAAAAAAUUGGUGUUAUCAGACUUCUGGAUCCAGAAGAUGUUGAUGUCUCCUCUCCUGAUGAAAAGUCAGUAAUAACGUAUGUGUCAUCUCUCUAUGAUGCCUUUCCCAAAGUCCCGGAAGGUGGUGAAGGCAUCGGUGCAAAUGAUGUUGAAGUCAAAUGGAUUGAAUACCAGAACAUGGUGAACUACCUCAUCCAGUGGAUUCGACACCAUGUGACCACAAUGUCUGACAGAACAUUUCCUAAUAAUCCUAUAGAACUAAAGGCACUUUACAAUCAGUAUUUACAGUUUAAAGAAACAGAAAUUCCACCAAAGGAGACAGAAAAAUCCAAAAUCAAACGCCUAUAUAAAUUAUUAGAGAUAUGGAUAGAAUUUGGACGCAUCAAGUUGCUUCAAGGUUAUCAUCCAAAUGACAUAGAAAAAGAGUGGGGGAAACUCAUCAUUGCCAUGCUCGAGAGGGAGAAGGCCCUUCGUCCAGAAGUGGAAAGGUUGGAAAUGUUGCAGCAGAUUGCCAACCGAGUUCAGAGAGACAGUGUCAUCUGUGAAGACAAACUGAUACUUGCUCGAAAUGCUCUUCAAUCUGAUUCUAAAAGAUUAGAAUCAGGAGUGCAGUUUCAGAAUGAAGCAGAAAUUGCCGGGUAUAUACUUGAAUGUGAGAACCUUUUACGCCAGCAUGUAAUUGAUGUGCAGAUACUCAUUGAUGGAAAGUACUACCAUGCAGAUCAAUUGGUGCAGAGGGUUGCCAAACUGCGUGAUGAAAUUAUGGCCUUAAGGAAUGAAUGUUCCUCAGUGUACAGCAAAGGACGCAUGCUGACGACAGAACAGACGAAGCUCAUGAUAUCAGGAAUCACUCAAAGUUUAAACUCAGGGUUUGCACAGACCUUAAACCCCAGUCUGAACUCAGGACUGACCCAGAGUUUCACGCCUUCCCUGACCCCUUCUAGUAUGAAAUCAGGCCUGUCCUCAGGUUUGUCUUCCCACCUAACUCCAUCCCUCACUCCAGCUUAUACACCUGGUUUCACAACUGGAUUAGUUCCAAAUUUCAAUUCAGGAGUAGAGACAAAUUCAUUGCAAACCCUGAAGUUGAUGCAGAUCCGAAAGCCUCUUCUAAAGUCUUCUUUGUUGGAUCAGAAUUUAACAGAAGAGGAAAUCAACAUGAAAUUUGUUCAGGACCUUUUGAAUUGGGUUGAUGAAAUGCAGGGGCAGCUGGACCGCACUGAAUGGGGAUCAGAUUUGCCAAGUGUUGAAAGCCAUUUAGAAAAUCAUAAAAAUGUUCACCGAGCUAUUGAAGAAUUUGAAUCUAGCCUUAAAGAAGCUAAGAUCAGUGAGAUCCAAAUGAUGGCACCUCUUAAACUAACUUAUGCAGAAAAGUUGCACAGAUUAGAGAGUCUGUAUGCAAAACUCUUGAAUACAUCCAGGAAUCAGGAACGGCACCUUGACACACUCCAUAAUUUUAUAUCUCGUGCUACGAAUGAACUUAUUUGGUUGAAUGAGAAAGAAGAGGAGGAGGUUGCUUAUGACUGGAGUGAAAGAAAUACCAACAUAGCUCGGAAAAAAGAUUACCAUGCUGAAUUAAUGAGAGAACUGGAGCAAAAGGAAGAAAAUAUUAAGUCAGUUCAGGAGAUAGCAGAGCAGCUACUUCUGGAAAACCACCCAGCCCGAUUAACUAUCGAGGCCUACCGCGCAGCGAUGCAGACGCAGUGGAGCUGGAUCUUGCAGCUCUGCCAGUGUGUGGAGCAACACAUCAAGGAAAACACUGCUUACUUCGAGUUUUUCAAUGAUGCCAAAGAAGCUAAUGAUUACUUAAGGAAUCUAAAAGAUGCCAUUCAGCGGAAGUACAGCUGUGAUAGAUCGAGCAGCAUUCACAAGCUGGAAGACCUUGUGCAGGAGUCAAUGGAAGAGAAAGAAGAACUUCUGCAGUAUAAAAGCACAGUGGCAAGCCUGAUGGGGAGAGCAAAAACCAUAAUUCAGCUGAAGCCUAGGAAUCCGGACUGUCUGCUCAAAACAUCUAUUCCAAUCAAAGCCAUCUGUGAUUACAGACAAAUUGAGAUAACCAUUUACAAAGAUGAUGAAUGUGUUUUGGCGAACAACUCUCAUCGUGCUAAGUGGAAAGUCAUUAGCCCCACUGGGAAUGAGGCGAUGGUGCCAUCUGUGUGCUUCACAGUCCCACCUCCAAACAAAGAAGCGGUUGAUUUUGCAAACAGAAUUGAGCAACAGUACCAGAAUGUCCUAACUCUUUGGCAUGAGACGCAUAUAAAUAUGAAGAGUGUAGUAUCCUGGCAUUAUCUCAUCAAUGAAAUUGAUAAAAUUCGGGCUAGCAAUGUGGCUUCCAUAAAGACAAUGUUACCUGGUGAGCAUCAGCAAGUUCUGAGUAAUCUACAGUCUCGUUUUGAAGAUUUUCUGGAAGAUAGCCAGGAAUCCCAAAUAUUUUCAGGUUCAGAUAUAACACAGCUAGAAAAGGAGGUUAAUGUGUGUAAGCAGUAUUAUCAAGAACUUCUUAAAUCUGCAGAACGAGAGGAGCAAGAGGAAUCAGUGUACAAUCUCUACAUCUCUGAAGUGAGAAACAUUAGACUUCGGUUAGAGAACUGUGAAGAUCGGUUGAUCAGACAGAUCCGAACUCCGCUGGAAAGAGACGAUUUGCAUGAAAGUGUGUUCAGAAUCACAGAGCAGGAGAAACUAAAGAAAGAGCUGGAGCGUCUUAAAGAUGAUUUGGGAACAAUCACAAAUAAAUGUGAAGAAUUUUUCAGUCAAGCAGCAGCUUCUGCAUCAGUUCCCACCUUACGGUCUGAGCUCAGUGUGGUCAUUCAGAACAUGAACCAAGUCUAUUCUAUGUCUUCCACUUAUAUAGACAAGUUGAAAACUGUUAAUUUGGUAUUAAAAAACACUCAAGCUGCAGAAGCCCUUGUAAAACUCUAUGAAACUAAACUGUGUGAAGAAGAAGCAGUCAUAGCAGACAAGAAUAAUAUCGAGAAUCUAAUAAGUACUUUAAAGCAAUGGAGAGCUGAAGUAGAUGAAAAGAGAGAGGUGUUCCAUGACUUAGAGGAUGAGCUACAGAAAGCAAAAGCCAUCAGUGAUGAAAUGUUUAAGACAUAUAAAGAACGGGACCUCGAUUUUGACUGGCACAAAGAGAAAGCAGAUCAGCUAGCUGAAAGGUGGCAAAACGUUCACACUCAGAUCGACAACAGAUUACGGGAUUUAGAAGGCAUUGGCAAAUCGCUGAAGUACUACAGAGAUACCUAUCACUCUUUAGAUGACUGGAUCCAACAAGUUGAAAUUACUCAGAGAAAGAUUCAGGAAAAUCAGCCUGAAAAUAGUAAAACCCUAGCCACCCAGUUAAAUCAACAAAAGAUGCUGGUGUCAGAAAUAGAAAUGAAACAGAGCAAAAUGGAUGAGUGUCAAAAACACGCAGAACAGUACUCAACUACAGUGAAGGACUACGAAUUACAAACGAUGACCUACCGGGCCAUGGUAGAUUCACAGCAAAAAUCCCCAGUGAAACGCCGAAGAAUGCAGAGCUCCGCAGAUCUCAUUAUUCAAGAGUUCAUGGACCUACGGACACGAUACACUGCUCUGGUCACCCUCAUGACGCAGUACGUUAAAUUUGCUGGUGAUUCACUGAAGAGGCUAGAAGAGGAAGAGAUGUCAGACUCAGUCAUUUACUGGAAUGUAUCUUCUUUUACUACUCAUAUCUGUCAGAAGUCACUGGAAGAAGAAAAGAAAGAGCAUGUUGAAAAAGCCAAAGAAUUACAGAAAUGGGUAUCAAAUAUCAGCAAGACAUUGAGAGAUGGAGAGAAGUCUGCAAAAUCUCCCUUCUCUAAGCAAAAGAUUUCCAGUGAAGAAAUAUUAACCAAGAAGGAACAGUUAUCUGAGGCACUUCAGACAAUGCAGCUAUUUUUGGCUAAACAUGGAGACAAAAUGACAGAUGAAGAAAGAAAUGAAUUGGAAAAACAAGUAAAAACUCUUCAAGAAAGUUAUAAUUUAUUUAGUGAAUCUCUGAAACAACUUCAAGAGUCAGAAACUGUGGGAGAUGUAAAGGUAGAGGAGAAGCUGGAUAAAGUGAUUGCAGGCACCAUUGAUCAGACAACUGGAGAAGUCCUUUCAGUCUUUCAGGCAGUUUUAAGAGGCCUUAUUGACUAUGACACAGGAAUAAGGUUGCUUGAGACACAGCUAAUGAUUUCUGGUCUAAUUUCACCAGAAUUUAGAAAAUGCUUUGACCUCAAAGGUGCCGAAAGUCAUGGCCUCAUUGAUGAACAAGUUGUGCGCCAACUCCAAGAACUCAAUCAAGCAAAGGAGAUUAUUUCUGCUGUGUCUUCCACCACAGUUCCAACACUGGAUGCUCUGGCUCAAGGUGUUAUAUCAGAGGCUAUGGCCGUCAGAGUCCUGGACAUACUCCUUUCCACAGGCUUGCUAGUCAUUCCAGCCACAGGAGAACAGCUGACCCUGCAGAAGGCUUUCCAACAGAACUUGGUUUCCUUGGCAUUAUUUUCUAAAGUUUUGGAAAGGCAAAAUACAUGCAAAGAUCUUAUUGAUCCAUGUACCUCUGAGAAGGUAUCUUUAAUGGAUAUUAUGGAAAGAAGUAUUUUACAGGAAAGCACUGGGAUGCGGCUUCUACCUGUAAGACCACAAGAAGGAGGCAGAAUAACAUUAAAAUGUGGGAGAAACAUUAGCAUUUUAAGAGCAGCUCAUGAAGGUCUCAUAGACCGUGAAACCAUGUUUAGGUUAUUAGGCGCACAGCUUCUUUCUGGAGGUCUGGUCAACUGCAGCUCUGGUCAAAGAAUGACUAUUGAAGAAGCUGUGGCAGAAGGGGUGAUUGACAGAGAUACUGCCAACAGUAUUCUAACCUAUCAGGUUCAGACAGGUGGAAUCAUCCACUCUAACCCUGCUAAACGUUUAACUGUAGAUGAAGCAGUCCAGUGUGAUUUAAUAACCUCAAGCAGUGCUCUGUUGGUACUAGAGGGUCAGCGAGGCUACGUUGGACUCAUUUGGCCUCACUCUGGUGAAAUAUUUCCCACAUCUUCUUCCCUGCAGCAGAAGUUGAUUACAAAUGAACUGGCAUACAAAAUCCUGAACGGUAGGCAGAAAAUAGCUGCUCUGUAUAUUCCAGAAACUUCUCAAGUCAUUGAUUUAGAUGUUGCUCAGCAGCUAGGAAUAAUAGAUCAUAAUACAACAUCAAUUUUAAAAAGUAUAAUACUGCCUGAUAAAAUGCCAGAUUUGGGAGAUGUAGAAGCUUGUAAGAAUGCCAAGAGAUGGCUCUCUUUUUGUAAAUUCCAGCCAUCUACAACCCACGAUUACAGACAAGAAGAGGAUACUUUUGAUGGAGAAGAGCCAGUGGCAGCGCAGAGCUCAGAACAGACUAAAAGAUUAUUCCUGUCUUACUUGAUGAUAAAUAGCUAUAUGGAUGUGAACACAGGGCAGAGGCUUUUGCUGUAUGACGGGGACUUGAACGAGGCUGUUGCUAUGCUCCUGGAAGGCUGCAGUGCAGAAUUUGAUGAAGGCACAUCCAUGACAGAAUGCACUGAUGUCCUGAGGCUCCCUGGUGUAUUUCUGAAUAGUGCCCCAAGUAAAGAGAAGGAUAAGAGUAUAACUUCACCAACUAGUUUUGAUAAAUGUUAUUGCAGAGAACCUAAACAGGAAGAAAUGCCUGAAAAUAGAAAGCAUGCCUUAGAUGAAGGGUUUAAUGAAAUGGGAAAUAAUGUUCUCAGUGAAUUUUGUCAGUCAGAAAACUUGGCAAAUGUAAUAGUAAGAGAUCAUACAGUUGAGAAUCCAUCCAGUGUGAAUCUUUCCAAUUCUGGAUCAUAUUUUACACAGGCUGAACUUGCCAAAGUUAGCAGACUUAGUCAAGACUCUGGAAACAUACCUAAAAACUGUGAAAAUCAAAGUCAAGUUGAAACAAAUGAACAUGCAGAUGAAUGUAGUCAUCCUAAAAACAUUGAAAACCUUGCAAGUGAUUUGAUAACAACUUCUGUUGUAAAGUCAAAAACUAGUAGAAUGUGUGACUUGAAAGAAACAGAGAUUGAAGAUAACAUAAACAAAGACUCAGCUAUCUUUGACUAUUCCCCCAGGCUGAGUGCCUUGUUAAGUCAUGAUAAAUUGAGGAAUGAUCAGGAGAAUUUUAAUAAUUUACACAGCAUGGAGAGCAAUGGAAGUAAAUGUGAAGACUCUACAUUGCCAUCCAAUGAGCAAACCAUGUUAUUGGGUCCAAGAGUGGGAGAUCUUCAAGGCCAGUUUCUAGGAAUUGCAGCUAUUAACAUCAGUUUGAAGGGAGAACGCUGUGGACAAAAACCUUUAAAUAUUGAUUAUAGUGAUCCUCAGGUACAAUAUCACAGUGAUAAAUAUAUUUCAGAUACUUGUGGGGAAGGUGAAAAAAUACAUGCCGCUUCUCAACAGAAAUCUAAAGACACUCAAAAUGAGUCCAAAAUGGAAGAGCACUCCUGGGCCAUAACACUGAGGGGCGAUACAGAUAGUACUGAUGCGUCUUAUGUUUGUGGCACACCACUGCAUGAAGAGGCUGUCGGUGCUGGUGACUACGAAACGUCACUCCUGGAUGACCAGCAGAGGGACACGGAGACAGACAGUGAUAGUGAUGAUGAUUUUUACGAUACUCCCUUGUUUGGAGAUGAUGACCAUGAUUCUUUGCUCCUUGAAAGUGGUGACUGUGAUGGUCUACAACCUGAGGACUGUGACACGCUGCAAGAGGAAAAUGCUGGGGCUGCUUCUGGCAAUAUUUUCUAUGAUGUUCCAAAAGAGAAUGAAAAUUCCAUGGUGACUCAGGCAGGGCUAGUGGAGAGCUUAAGAGUGAGGGAAAAGGCACAGUUUUUUCAGGAUUGUCUCAUAGGUAGUGAGAAAGCUGAAUUAGAUGCUGAUGAAAGAAUACAUUUAAAUUCACUUGACUCGUACAAUGUCAAUGAACAGUUGCUGGAAACUGUAUCAGACAGGGAAAGUGCAGAUAGCCUAGAAAGUGAUGAGUCUGACUUUUUGACUGAUUCUGAAACUGUAGGAAGGGAAGAGAGCUUCAGUGCUUCUUUAAAAUUUGAUGACACUGGCUGUUGGAGAGGGAGAGGAGAAGAAUAUAUAACUGGAGAAGAAUUUAAUUCUGAUACCGAUCAUUUAGAUUCUAUGCAAAAUGAAGACAGUUACAGGGAUUACAUAUGUGACAGUAAUAAUCAGGAUGAUGAUGAUGAUGAAGAAGAGGAAGGAGGAGGAGCAGAAGGGGGAGAUGAGAAGGAAAAGCCCGUGUGCCAAGAUGAGGCUAAAGGCAUGAAUAUGCAGUUGUGUACUACCACCACAAAUGAAAACGAAAACAGCUGUGAAAAUCAAAGUACUAAUAAAGGGAUUCUCCUGGGCCAAAAGCACAAUUAUAAUUCUUUAGGAAAACAAGAAAGUGUAAAUGUUUUACAGCUAGGAUCAAGUACUAAAAGUAGCUUAGUUACCGAAAGAGACAAUCUUCCAGAACACACAACUGAGGUUGUUGAAAAAAGCAAAGAAAAUCUGUUGAAUCCUGAGACGGCCCUUAAGGAUAUAUUGCUGCCUAUCACUAAAGACACUGAAUCAGAAGACACCUGUGGCCCUGUGGAUGUUUUACAUAAUACUUAUAUCAGUUCAACUUCUGAUGAAACCAUUUGUUCUGAGCCUGAUUUAACAGGAAAACCUGCUGAGGGAGGUCAUUUGUCAUCUGUGGACUCUGUAACUGAUAAAGAUCAGAAGGGAAAUGGAAGAGAUGUAAUUAAAAAGAGAGAUAAGAAAAACAAUAUACUAACAGAAGAUAAAACAUCAAUUCAUAAAAUGUGCUCAGGAGAAGAUCCUAUAGAAGGGCCAGUAGAAGAUAAUGAACAUUGCAAACUUUUGCCUAGUAAAAGGAUGAGGGAGAAUCUGGAUUUAGUUAGUAGUCAGUUUCCAUUUCCACAAAUCACAAACAGUGAAGAACAUAAUCAUAAAGGAAGCCUUAAAAAAGCAACUAUAGCUGUUAAAGGUGAAACAAAGAAUCUGAAAACAGUUGGUAGUCAAAGUCCUGUUCAGUUUGAGAAUCUUGAAGAAAUAUUUGACUCAUCAGUUUCCAAAGUGAUCAGUGAUGCUACUUCAGACAUAUUGUCUGAAGGGAAUACAAGUACUAAGACCGAUUUACUCACCGACAGACCUGAGAAAGAGCUUGAUCUGUUCACUUAUUCAAAACAUUGUGCAAAAAAUGUAAAAGCAAAAGAUGGACUGAAGCCAAAUGCAGAAAUCCCAGGCUGCACUCUAAUAGCUUCCCCUCCCAUGAAAGAACACAUAGAAUUAGGAACUGAUAAUGCAAAAGAGAAGGCAGCCCUCAUUCAAGAAGACUCACCUGUAAAUGAGAUGGUUCAACAGAAUGACCUCUGUACUAGAGAAGAUGUCUCAGAAGGAGGAACAGAAAUUGCUCAGUUCACAUCAGUGAGAAAUGAAAGCACACUUUCAAUCUCACCUCUGAGAAAUGUGGAAGGCCUUGGGGAAAAUACUAGUUCUGUGUUACCAGGCCUCAGCACGAAAGGAAUACGAAGUGAUAAUUCCAGUGACACUUUAAGUACUGACUGCUCAUUCUUAGAAAUGAACAGUGAGAAAAAAAUAAUUGGGCAACAGCCACAAGAAGAACAAGCCUUGCCUCCAGCAUUUGAAGAAAAGGAGAUUCAGAUUCCUGAGUUAUCUCAGGUGUUUGUUGAGGAUGUAAAGCACAUCUUAAAGAGUAGAUUGAAAGAAGGUCAUAUGAAUUCUCAAGAGGUCGGAGAACCUUACGCUUGUGCAGACACUAAAACUUUAAUUCAAAGCUUAACUAAAAGGAUGAGCACAUCACAAGUGGUAAAGGAAGCAUCUUGUGUGCCCGGAGAUGACUCGAAGAUCAGUGACUCUCCUGGAAUUUCCCCCCUGAGCAACUCACCAGAACUAAGAGCAGAGAGUAGAGAUGAUCCAUUCUGUAUUGCAAAUCUUAAGUCUGAGCUUCUCCUUGACAUACUUAAGCAAAAUCAGUAUACCCAAAAUAUUACAGGAACAUAUGAAUUGAUAAAAGAAUUAACUCAGAUGGGGUAUGACCUAGAGAAAAUAGGUAUUACAUCUAAAGUAGUUCCACUGCAACUUGAAAAAAUUUUCUGUAAGCUGCUUGCUGAUGGCUGUUCAAAUGAAGCAGAACAGUUUGGAAACUUGAAUCAAAAAUCAUCUCCUACUUCUGAGAUUGUGGAUAGAAAGCCAUGUCUUCUUGAUGAUCUUAAAAGCAAAGAAGGACACCAUGGUUCUCUUAAUUCACAAAAUAUAGAAAAAAGUGGACCAGAAAACUCUACUGUACAAGCAUCACCCUUACCAAGAGUUGAGAAGCUGGAGAAGAAAUGCCACAAUUUCCCGGACCAUUUGAAAUGUAUUUCAGGGUCAGAAGAAAUGACUUCUGGGGAUAGCUCAAUGGAACAAUUUUCCAAGGAGUUACAGCAGUGUUUACAGCACACAUCAAAAAUGCAUGAGUAUUUGGCUUUGCUUCAGGAUAUGAAGUCUCCCUUAAACACCUCAGAGUCUCUGGAUAACAGUCUAGAAACUUUGAAGAACCAACUUAAACAGUUAGAGACAUUUGAAUUGGGAUUGGCUCCAAUUGCUGUUAUUUUAAGGAAAGACAUGAAGUUGGCAGAAGAGUUUUUAAAGUCUCUUCCCAGUGACUUCCCCAGAGAUCAUCUUGAGGAUCUGAGUAGAAGCCACCGAAAUUUGCAGAAUGCCUUCUCUUCCCUCAGCGAUGCGUCUUCAGAAAGAAUGGAGCACAUUGUGCUCGCAAUCGACUGUGAAAUGUCAAAACUAGCCAUUUCCCAUGAAGAAUUUCUACACAAACUGAAGUCGUUCUCACAUUGGAUAGCAGAGAAGAGCAGGUCUGUGAAGGAUAUGGAGGCUGGGAAUGCUCAAGGUACCCAACGUGUGAGGCAGAGUUUGGAGUUUCUUAAGGGCGUGUUGAAAGACCUUGGCCAUACCAAAACGCAGCUGGAGACGACUGCCUUUGACGUGCAGUUCUUCAUUUCUGAGCAUGCACAAGAUCUGUCUCCCAGCCAGAGCAAACAACUGCUGCGGCUCUUAAAUGAAACUCAGAAGUGUUUUCUUGACGUACAGGAAUCAGUAACUGCCCAGGUGGAACAUUUAGAAACUCAGUUACAGCUAGAACAAGACCUGGAUGAUCAGAAGAACGUGGCAGAGCGGCAGCAGGAGUACAAAGAGAAACUCCAGGGGAUCUGUGAUCUCCUGACCCAGACUGAAAACCGCCUGAUUGGGCACCAGGAAGCCUUUGUGAUUGGAGACGGCACCGUUGAGCUAAAGAAGUACCAGUCCAAGCAAGAGGAAUUACAGAAAGAUAUGCAAGGAAGUGCACAGGCAUUGGCAGAAAUAGUGAAAAACACAGAGAACUUCUUAAAAGAGAAUGGCGAAAAACUGUCACGAGAAGACAAGGCUUUGAUUGAACAGAAGCUCAGUGAAGCUAAAAUAAAGUGUGAACAACUUAAUUUAAAGGCAGAACAGUCAAGAAAGGAGCUGGAUAAAGUUGUGACAACAGCAAUCAAGGAAGAAACUGAAAAGGUUGCAGCUGUGAAGCAGCUGGAAGAGAGCAAAACCAAAAUAGAAAACCUUUUGGACUGGCUGUCAAAUGUUGACAAAGACUCAGAAAGGGCAGGGAUAACACAGAAACAGGUAAUUGAACAGAAUGGGACUCAUUUUCAAGAAGGUGACAGCAAGUCGACGAUUGGAGAAGAGGACGAAGUUAAUGGUAACCUGUUGGAAACGGAUGUGGAUGGGCCAGUUAGAGAGAAGAAUUCCACUGAAGAGAAUCUGAACCAGCAGUACCAGAAAGUUAAGGCCCAGCACGAGAAGAUCGUCUCUCAGCACCAAGCUGUCCUCGUGGCCACACAGUCUGCACAAGCCUUGCUUGAGAAACAGGGUCACUAUCUCUCUCCUGAGGAGAAAGAGAAACUGCAAAAGAACAUGAAGGACCUGAAAGUGCAUUACGAAACUGCACUGGCCGAGUCAGAAAAGAAAAUGAAGUUAACUCAUUCUUUGCAGGAAGAGCUAGAGAAGUUUGAUGCUGACUAUAGCGAGUUUGAGCACUGGCUGCAGCAGUCGGAACAAGAACUGGAAAACCUAGAGGCAGGUGCAGAUGACUUCAGUGGUUUAAUGACCAAACUAAAGAGGCAGAAGAGUUUCUCAGAAGAUGUCAUUUCUCACAAAGGGGACUUGAGGUACAUCACAAUUUCUGGAAACAGGGUGUUAGAAGCAGCGAAAUCUUGCAGCAGAAGAGACGGAGGUGGCAAGGCUGACCAGCAUAAUAUUGACACUUCGGCCACUCACAGAGAAGUCCAGAGCAAACUGGAUCAUGCUACUGAUCGGUUCAGGGCUCUCUAUUCUAAGUGCAGUGUCCUUGGGAAUAAUCUUAAAGAUCUGGUGGAUAAAUAUCAGCACUACGAAGAUGCUUCAUGUGGACUUCUUUCUGAGCUCCAGGCCUGCCAGGUCACAGCGAGCAAACACUUAUCUGAACCCAUUGCUGUGGACCCUAAAAAUCUGCAAAGGCAAUUGGAAGAGACCAAGGCUCUCCAAGGACAGAUAUCAAGUCAACAGGUUGCCGUAGAGAAACUGAAAAAAACAGCUGAAGUGCUUUUAGAUGCCAGGGGAUCUUUGCUUCCGGCCAAGAAUGAAAUCCAGAAAACACUUGAUGACAUUGUUGGGAGAUACGAUGAUCUGUCCAAGUCUGUUAAUGAACGCAAUGAAAAACUCCAGAUAACCUUGACCCGUUCACUGAGUGUACAGGACGGCCUGGAUGACAUGCUCGGCUGGAUGGCAGGUGUGGAAAGUUCUCUGAGAGAACAAGGUCAAGUGCCCUUAAACUCUGCUGCUCUCCAGGAUGUCAUCAGUAAAAACAUUAUGCUGGAACAGGACAUCAUGAGUCGCCAGGGCAGUAUAAAUGCCAUGAAUGAAAAAGUGAAGAAGUUUAUGGAAACAGCAGACCCGUCGACCGCAUCCUCACUGCAAGCCAAAAUGAAUGACUUGUCUGUUCGGUUUUCAGAAGCAAACCGUAAACACAAAGAGAAACUUGCAAAGAUGGAGGAGCUGAAAACCAAAGUAGAACUGUUUGAGAACCUCUCAGAAAAGCUUCAGACUUUUUUAGAGACAAAAAGUCAGACCCUCACUGAGGCAGAUGUGCCAGGAAAAGAUGUUACUGAAUUGUCUCAGUAUAUGCAGGAAUCAACUUCUGAAUUCUUACAACGCAAGAAAGAUCUGGAAGUUUUGCACAGUCUCUUGAAGGAGAUAUCCAACCAUGGCUUACCAGGUGAUAAGGCCCUGGUUUUUGAAAAAACAAAUAAUUUGUCCAAGAAAUUCAAAGAAAUGGAGGAUACCAUCAAAGAAAAAAAAGAAGCUGUGUCUUCUUGUCAAGAACAGAUGGAUGCUUUCCAAGUCCUGGUUAAAUCAUUAAAGUCAUGGAUAAAAGAAACCACAGAAAGAGUUCCCAUUGUGCAGCCUUCUUUUGGUGCAGAAGAUUUAGGAAAAUCUUUGGAAGAAACUAAGAAAUUACAAGAAGAGUGGAGUUUAAAAACACCAGAGAUUCAGAAAGUGAACAGCAGCGGGAUCUCACUAUGUAACCUAAUAAGUGCCUUGACCACCCCUGCAAAGGCAAUAGCGGCAGUUACAUCAGGUGGAGUGAUGUUAAAUGGUGAAGGAACAGCCACAGAUACUCAGGAAAUUUUGGCAAAUAAAGGAUUAACAUCUAUUAAAAAAGAUAUGACUGACAUAAAUCACGGUUACGAAGAGCUUGGCCUCUUACUUAAGGACAAAAUAACCGAGCUGAACAGUAAACUCACCAAAUUGCAAAAGGCUCAGGAGGAAUCAAGUGCCAUGAUGCAGUGGCUACAGAAGAUGAACAAAACUGCAACAAAGUGGCAGCAGGCACCCACACCUACAGACACUGAAGCUGUGAAGACCCAAGUUGAGCAGAAUAAGUCAUUUGAGGCAGAACUGAAGCAAAAUGUAAACAAAGUGCAGGAGUUGAAAGACAAGUUGACAGACCUGCUGGAGGAGAACCCGGAGACUCCCGAGGCCCCCAAGUGGAAACAGAUGUUGGCUGAAAUAGAAUCUAAGUGGCAAGAACUCAAUCAAUUAACCGUUGAUAGACAACAAAAACUGGAAGAAUCCUCUAACAAUUUAACUCAAUUCCAGACCGUAGAGGCUCAGUUAAAACAGUGGCUUGUGGAAAAAGAACUGAUGGUCAGUGUUCUCGGGCCCCUGUCAAUUGACCCAAACAUGCUGAACACACAAAGGCAGCAGGUGCAGAUUCUGCUGCAAGAAUUUGACACUCGGAAACCUCAGUAUGAGCAGCUCACAGCAGCUGGCCAGGGCAUUCUGAGCCGGCCCGGUGAACACCCUUCCUUCCAUGGGAUUGUGAAAGAGCAGCUAGCAGCUGUGACCCAGAAAUGGGACAGCCUAACAGGACAAUUGAGUGACAGAUGUGACUGGAUUGACCAAGCCAUUGUUAAAAGCACACAGUAUCAAAGCCUGCUGAGAAGCCUUUCUGAUAAGCUGAGUGAUCUGGAUAAUAAACUCAGCAGCAGUGUGCCUGUGAGCACACACCCCGAUGCUGUGAAGCAGCAGUUGGAAGCAGCCCAAAAAAUGCAGCAGGAACUACAGCAGGAAAGGAAGCAGAUAAAAGUGGCCCAGGCCCUCUGUGAGGAUUUGUCAGCCCUGGUUAAAGAAGAGUACUUGAAAGCAGAACUUAGUAGGCAACUAGAAGGCAUCUUAAAAUCAUUUAAGGAUAUUGAACAAAAAGCAGAGAAUCAUGUCCAGCACCUUCAGUCGGCCUGUGCCAGCUCUCAUCAAUUUCAGCAAAUGUCUAGAGAUUUUCAGGUGUGGCUGGACACAAAGAAAGAAGAGCUAAGCACAUCUCACCCAAUCUCAGCCAAACUCGAUGUCUUGGAGUCAUUAAUUAAAGAUCAGAAAGAUUUCCGUAAAACUUUGACUGCUCAUUCUAGUAUUUAUGAAAAAACCAUUGCAGAAGGUGAAAACCUGUUAUUAAAAACACAAGGGCCUGAGAAGGCAGCCUUACAGUUACAACUUAACACAAUUAAAGCCAAUUGGGAUGGAUUUAAUAAGCAGGUGAAAGAAAGAGAAGACAAAGUGAAAGAUUCAUUGGAAAAAGCCCUCAAGUAUAAAGAGCAUGUGGAAACUCUUCGGCCAUGGAUAGAUAAAUGUCAGAAUAACCUGAAGGAGCUAAAAUUUUGCCUGGAUCCUGCUGAAACAGAGAAUUCUAUUGCCAAGUUAAAGUCUCUGCAGAAGGAAAUGGACCAACGCUUUGGGAUGAUAGAAUUGCUGAACAAUGCAGCCAAUAGCUUGCUCAGUGUGUGUGAGACAGAUAAAGAGGUUGUUACAGAUGAGAAUAAGUCACUGAACCAGAAGGUAGAUGUGGUUACCGAACAACUUCACAGUAAGAAAUUCUCUCUGGAGAACAUGGCCCAGAAGUUUAAAGAAUUUCAAGAAGUGUCCAAAGAAGCUAAACUGCAGCUCCAGUGUGCAAAGGAACAGCUAGAUGUCCAUGAUUCUCUAGGUCCCCAGGCUUACAGUAACAAGUAUCUGACCAUGUUGCAGACUCAGCAGAAAUCACUGCAAAUCUUGAAGCAUCAGGUAGAUUUGGCCAAAGGACUUGCACAGGACCUUGUGGCAGAGGCCUCAGACUCAAAGGGAGCCUCUGAUGUUUUAUUACAAGCAGAAACCUUAGCUCAAGAGCAUAGUGCCCUAAGCCAGCAGGUUGAUGAGAAGUGUUCAUUCUUAGAAACCAAGCUUCAGGGUAUUGGGCAUUUCCAGAAUACCAUCCGGGAAAUGUUUUCUCAGUUUGCAGAAUUUGAUGAUGAACUGGAUAGCAUGGCCCCAGUGGGGAGAGAUGUAGAAACAUUGCAAAAGCAAAAGGAGGCUAUUACAGCCUUUCUGAAGAAACUAGGAGCCCUCAUAGCCAGCAAUGACAAUGCCAAUAAAACCUGCAGGAUGAUGCUGGCCACGGAAGAACCGUCUCCUGACCUUGUUGGAAUCAAAAGGGACUUGGAGACUUUAAGCAAACAGUGCAACAAGUUGCAGGACCGAGCACAAGCCAGAGAAAAGCAGGUCGAGGGGACAGUUGAGCGUCUUGGUGAAUUUUACAGCAAGCUGAAGGAAUUUUUUACUCUGCUUCAGAAAGCCGAAGACCAUGAAGAGUCACAAGGCCCUGUUGCUAUGGAAACAGAGACAAUCAACCAACAACUUAAUGUGUUCAAGGUAUUCCAAAAAGAAGAGAUUGAACCCUUGCUGGUUAAACAGCAAGAAGUAAACUGGUUGGGUCAGGGCCUUAUUCAGAGUGCUGCUAAUAGCACCAGCACCCAGGGUUUGGAGCGGGACCUGGAUGAUGUCAACACAAGGUGGAAGACUCUCAAUAAAAAGGUGUCUCAGAGAGCAGCACAGUUGCAGGAGGCCCUGUUGCACUGUGGGAGGUUCCAGGAUGCCCUGGAGUCCCUGCUCAGCUGGAUGGUGGACACGGAGGAGCUCGUGGCCAAUCAGAAGCCACCGUCAGCCGAGUUCAAGGUGGUGAAGGCCCAGAUACAAGAGCAAAAGCUUCUGCAAAGAUUAUUGGAUGACCGCAAGUCUACUGUGGAGGUGAUCAAACGAGAAGGAGAAAAAAUCGCUGCCACAGCAGAACCUGCAGAUAAAGUGAAGAUUUUGAAACAACUGAGUCUCUUGGACAGUAGAUGGGAGGCAUUGCUUAAUAAAGCUGAAACAAGGAAUCGUCAGUUGGAAGGUAUCUCGGUGGUGGCACAGCUAUUUCACGAAACCUUAGAACCGCUGAAUGAGUGGCUUACGACCAUAGAAAAGAGGCUGGCCAACUGUGAGCCCAUAGGAACCCAAGCAUCGAAACUUGAGGAACAAAUUGCACAGCACAAAGCCUUAGAAGAUGACAUCAUCAAUCACAAUAAACAUUUACACCAGGCUGUUAGCAUUGGCCAGUCCUUAAAGGUUUUGAGCUCCAGGGAGGAUAAAGAUAUGGUGCAGAAUAAAUUAGACUCCUCUCAAGUGUGGUACAUUGAGAUUCAAGAGAAGAGUCACAGCAGGUCUGAGCUGCUCCAGCAGGCCCUGUGUAAUGCUAAGAUUUUUGGGGAAGAUGAAGUGGAGCUGAUGACAUGGCUGAACGAAGUACAUGGCAAACUGAGCAGGCUCUCAGUCCAGGACCACAGCACUGAGGGCCUGUGGGAGCAGCAGUCUGAACUUCGGGUUCUGCAAGAGGACAUACUACUCAGAAAACAAAAUGUAGAUCAGGCGUUACUAAAUGGUUUAGAACUACUUAAACAAACAACAGGUGAUGAAGUUUUAAUAAUUCAAGAUAAAUUGGAAGCCAUUAAAGCAAGGUACAAAGACAUUACUAAAUUGAGCGCGGAUGUAGCCAAGACUCUGGAACAGGCCCUGCAGCUUGCAAGCCGGCUGCACUCCACACACGAAAAGCUCUGUACCUGGCUGGACAAAGUGGAGGUGGAAUUACUUUCAUAUGAAACUCAGGUUCUGAAGGGAGAAGCUGCAAGCCAAGCACAAGUGCGACAAAAAGAGCUGAAAAAGGAAGCUAAGGACAGCAAGGCCUUACUGGAUUCCCUUAACGAAGUGAGCACUGCAUUACUGGAACUGGUACCGUGGCGGGCGAGGGAAGGACUUGAAAAAAUGGUGGCCGAGGACAAUGAGCGCUACCGACUGGUGAGCGACACCAUCACUCAGAAGGUGGAGGAGAUCGAUGCUGCCAUUCUGAGGUCACAGCAGUUUGACCAAGCGGCUGAUGCUGAGUUAUCCUGGAUUGCCGAAACAGAAAAGAAAUUGAUGUCUCUGGGUGACAUCAGGCUUGAGCAAGACCAGACUGCUGCUCAGCUGCAGGUUCAAAAGACAUUCACUAUGGAAAUUUUGAAACACAAAGAUAUUAUUGAUGAACUUGUUAAAUCUGGACAUAAAGUCAUGACCACGUGCAGUGAAGAGGAAAAGCAGUCAAUGAAGAAAAAACUGGACAAGGUGUUGAAGAACUAUGAUACCAUCUGCCAGGUAAACUCAGAGAGAUAUCUACAGCUAGAAAGGGCACAGUCCCUAGUUAACCAGUUCUGGGAAACAUAUGAGGAACUUUGGCCAUGGCUGACAGAAACACAAAGAAUCAUCGCUCAGCUUCCUGCCCCUGCCCUUGAGUAUGAAACUCUAAGACAACAACAGGAAGAACAUCGGCAACUGCGAGAGUUGAUAGCUGAACACAAGCCUCAUAUAGAUAAGAUGAACAAAACCGGCCCGCAAUUAUUGGAAUUGAGCCCAGAGGAGGGCUUUUCUAUCCAAGAGAAGUAUGUGGCAGCUGACACCCUUUACAGUCAAAUUAAAGAAGAUGUCAAAAAGCGAGCUGUGGCACUGGAUGAAGCCGUUUCUCAAUCUACUCAGUUCCAUGACAAGAUAGACCAGAUUCUUGAGAGCCUGGAUCGCAUUGCGGAGCGCUUGAGGCAGCCACCCUCUAUCUCUGCCGAGGUGGAGAAGAUCAAGGAGCAGAUCAGUGAAAACAAGAAUGUGUCAGUAGACAUGGAGAAGCUACAGCCAUUGUACGAAACUCUUAAACAGAGGGGAGAGGAAAUGAUUGCUCGGUCUGGGGGCACUGAUAAAGACAUUUCUGCCAAAGCUGUUCAGGAUAAGCUUGACCAAAUGGUUUUCGUUUGGGAGAACAUACACACGCUGGUGGAAGAAAGGGAAGCCAAACUCCUGGACGUGAUGGAAUUAGCAGAAAAGUUCUGGUGUGAUCACAUGUCAUUGGUAGUUACCACUAAAGAUACUCAAGAUUUCAUCCGGGAUCUGGAGGAACCUGGAAUUGAUCCCUCAGUAGUGAAACAACAGCAGGAAGCAGCAGAGGCCAUACGGGAAGAAAUAGAUGGACUACAGGAAGAGCUGGAUAUAGUUGUUAACCUGGGCUCUGAACUCAUCGCCGCAUGUGGAGAGCCUGAUAAACCCAUUGUCAAGAAGAGCAUAGAUGAGUUAAAUUCAGCAUGGGAUUCUCUAAAUAAAGCGUGGAAAGACCGGGUGGAGAGACUCGAGGAGGCGAUGCAGGCUGCUGUUCAGUACCAGGAUGGACUGCAGGCAAUAUUCGACUGGGUAGAUAUUGCAGGUGGCAAAUUAGCUUCAAUGUCUCCAAUCGGAACAGAUCUUGAAACUGUGAAGCAGCAGAUUGAAGAGUUAAAGCAAUUUAAGUCAGAGGCCUAUCAACAACAGAUAGAAAUGGAAAGACUGAACCAUCAAGCAGAACUUUUGCUGAAGAAAGUAACAGAAGAAAGUGACAAACACACUGUCCAAGACCCAUUAAUGGAACUGAAAUUGAUAUGGGAUAGUCUGGAUGAGAGAAUUAUUAACCGGCAGCAUAAGCUGGAGGGUGCCCUGUUAGCCCUGGGACAGUUCCAACAUGCUCUCGAUGAGCUGUUGGCGUGGCUGACACACACCGAGGGCUUGCUGAGUGAACAGAAACCUGUUGGAGGUGACCCUAAGGCCAUUGAAAUUGAACUUGCCAAGCAUCAUGUGCUCCAAAAUGAUGUAUUAGCGCAUCAGUCCACAGUGGAAGCUGUUAAUAAAGCAGGAAAUGAUCUAAUUGAAUCAAGUGCAGGAGAAGAAGCAAGCAGCCUUCAGAACAAACUGGAGGUUUUAAAUCAACGCUGGCAAAAUGUUUUGGAAAAAACAGAACAAAGGAAGCAGCAGCUGGAUGGUGCCUUGCGCCAGGCCAAAGGGUUUCAUGGUGAAAUUGAGGAUUUGCAGCAGUGGCUGACUGACACAGAGCGCCAUCUGUUAGCAUCUAAACCCCUGGGAGGUUUGCCAGAAACGGCCAGGGAGCAGCUCAAUGCCCACAUGGAAAUCUGUGCUGCCUUUGAUGUUAAAGAAGAAACGUACAGGAGUCUGAUGCAGAAGGGCCAACAGAUGCUUGCAAGAUGCCCCGAAUCUGCAGAGACAAAUAUUGACCAAGACAUAAAUAACUUGAAAGAAAAAUGGGAAUCGGUGGAAACCAAACUCAAUGAAAGGAAAACUAAACUGGAAGAAGCCCUCAACUUGGCAAUGGAGUUCCACAAUUCUCUCCAAGACUUCAUCAACUGGCUCACCCAGGCUGAACAGACCCUAAAUGUAGCUUCUCGGCCAAGUCUUAUCUUGGACACAGUCUUAUUUCAAAUCGAUGAACAUAAGGUCUUUGCCAAUGAAGUAAAUUCUCACCGUGAGCAGAUAAUAGAGCUGGAUAAAACUGGAACCCACCUGAAAUAUUUUAGCCAGAAACAAGAUGUUGUCCUCAUUAAGAAUCUACUUAUCAGUGUACAAAGUCGAUGGGAAAAAGUGGUUCAACGGUUAGUAGAAAGAGGAAGAUCUUUGGAUGAUGCAAGGAAGAGAGCCAAGCAGUUCCAUGAAGCUUGGAGUAAACUUAUGGAGUGGCUAGAAGAGUCAGAAAAGUCUUUGGAUUCCGAACUGGAAAUCGCCAAUGAUCCAGACAAAAUAAAAACACAGCUCACGCAGCAUAAGGAGUUUCAGAAAUCACUCGGAGCCAAGCAUUCUGUCUACGACACCACCAACAGAACUGGACGUUCUCUGAAGGAGAAAACCUCCCUGGCCGAUGACAUCCUGAAACUGGAUGACAUGCUGAGUGAACUGAGAGACAAAUGGGAUACUAUCUGUGGAAAGUCUGUGGAGAGACAAAACAAAUUGGAGGAAGCUCUGCUGUUUUCCGGACAAUUCACAGAUGCCCUGCAGGCCCUCAUUGAUUGGUUAUACAGAGUUGAGCCCCAGCUGGCAGAAGACCAGCCUGUCCAUGGAGACAUUGAUUUAGUGAUGAAUCUGAUCGAUAACCACAAGGCCUUCCAAAAGGAAUUGGGGAAGAGAACCAGCAGCGUGCAGGCCCUCAAGCGCUCGGCCCGAGAACUCAUAGAAGGCAGCCGAGACGACUCCUCCUGGGUCAAGGUCCAGAUGCAGGAGCUAAGCACACGCUGGGAGACGGUGUGCGCACUUUCGAUAUCAAAGCAAACACGAUUAGAAGCAGCUCUGCGCCAGGCGGAGGAGUUUCACUCAGUGGUGCAUGCCCUCUUGGAGUGGCUGGCUGAGGCCGAGCAAACCCUGCGUUUCCACGGAGUUCUCCCGGACGAUGAGGAUGCUCUUCGGACACUCAUUGAUCAGCAUAAAGAAUUCAUGAAGAAACUGGAAGAAAAACGAGCUGCACUCAAUAAAGCGACCAGCAUGGGGGAUGCCGUUUUGGCUAUCUGCCACCCUGACUCCAUCACCACCAUCAAGCACUGGAUAACGAUCAUCCGGGCCAGGUUCGAGGAGGUGCUGGCCUGGGCGAAGCAACAUCAGCAGAGAUUAGCAAGUGCUCUGGCUGGGCUCAUUGCUAAGCAGGAAUUGUUGGAAGCUUUGCUGACGUGGCUGCAGUGGGCUGAAACGACACUUAGCGAGAAGGACAAAGAAGCCAUCCCCCAGGAAAUUGAAGAGGUGAAAGCCCUCAUUGCAGAACACCAGACUUUCAUGGAAGAAAUGACCAGAAAACAACCUGACGUGGACAAAGUUACCAAGACCUACAAGAGGAGAACAACAGACCCCUCCUCACUGCAGUCCCACAUUCCAGUCUUGGAUAAGGGGCGGGCAGGCAGAAAACGCUUCCCAGCAUCAAGCUUAUAUCCAUCUGGAUCACAAACACAAAUUGAAACCAAGAAUCCCAGGGUCAACUUACUGAUGAGCAAAUGGCAGCAAGUCUGGCUCCUCGCCCUGGAAAGGAGGAGGAAGCUUAACGAUGCCUUGGACAGACUGGAGGAGCUGAGAGAAUUUGCUAACUUUGAUUUUGAUAUCUGGCGCAAAAAAUACAUGCGAUGGAUGAAUCACAAGAAAUCUCGGGUGAUGGACUUUUUCAGGAGAAUUGAUAAAGAUCAGGAUGGGAAAAUAACCCGACAAGAAUUUAUUGAUGGCAUUCUUUCCUCAAAGUUCCCGACCAGUCGCCUGGAGAUGAGCGCAGUGGCAGACAUCUUUGACAGGGACGGCGAUGGGUACAUCGACUACUACGAGUUUGUAGCUGCCCUCCACCCCAACAAAGAUGCAUAUAAACCUGUCACUGAUGCUGACAAGAUCGAAGAUGAGGUGACGAGGCAGGUAGCUAAGUGUAAAUGUGCAAAACGAUUUCAAGUUGAACAGAUUGGAGACAACAAAUACAGGUUCUUCCUGGGAAAUCAGUUUGGAGACUCCCAGCAACUGCGACUCGUUCGGAUCCUGCGAAGUACCGUGAUGGUUCGUGUUGGAGGUGGAUGGAUGGCACUUGAUGAGUUCUUAGUGAAAAAUGAUCCUUGCAGGGUUCAUCAUCAUGGGAGUAAAAUGUUACGUUCGGAAUCAAACUCUUCAAUUACUACUACUCAGCCUACUAUAGCUAAAGGAAGGACGAACAUGGAACUUCGGGAGAAGUUCAUCUUGGCAGAUGGUGCCAGUCAGGGUAUGGCUGCUUUCCGACCCCGGGGCCGAAGAUCACGGCCUUCAUCGAGAGGAGCUUCGCCCAACCGGUCCACAUCCGUAUCCAGUCAGGCUGGCCAGGCGGCCUCUCCACAGGUCCCUGCCACCAGCACACCCAAGAUUCUCCAUCCUUUAACACGCAAUUACGGUAAACCAUGGUUGACAAACAGCAAAAUGUCAACUCCUUGUAAGCCAGCAGAGUGCUCAGACUUUUCCGUGCCAUCUGCAGAGGGAACACCUAUACAAGGCAGCAAGCUUCGACUUCCGGGAUAUUUGUCAGGGAAAGGCUUCCACUCCGGGGAAGACAGUGGCUUGAUAACAACUGCAGCCGCCCGAGUCCGAACACAGUUUGCUGAUCCCAAGAAGACUCCCAGCCGACCAGGCAGCCGAGCUGGAAGCAAGGCCGGGAGCAGGGCCAGCAGCCGCCGUGGCAGUGACGCGUCAGACUUUGACAUUUCAGAAAUCCAGUCCGUGUGCUCAGACGUGGAGACUGUCCCCCAGACACACAGGCCUUCGCCCCGAGCAAGUUCUCGGCCAUCCACAGCCAAGCCUUCCAAAAUCCCCACACCCCAGAGGAAGUCACCUGCCAGUAAAUUGGACAAAUCCUCAAAGAGAUAGUGCAAUUGGUUCCACCAAGGCCCUUCCUUGAGCAUUUAUUAUUUAAGUUUGAAAGAUGUAAAAUACGAUGUAGAAAUUAUUGUGAAAUAUUGCAAGAGGUGAGUUUAAAAUUCUGCAGAUGGCCUUAUUUGUGUAUUUGUCUUUUUAUUUUAUCUGUAUAAUUUUUUUGUCAGAUACUCUGGGGUUAAAGUCACGUCAUGUGUGAGGGGGAGGAUAGAGUUUAACAUGCACUAACAUUUCUGCACUGUGCGUCUCGAGUACACACUAAAAUCAAUUCCUGUACCUGCAGGUAAGUCCACACCCUCUGAUGUAAGCCACAGCCCUCCAUCAGUAACUAACGUUAAGGAUACCUCAUGACUUUCUCUUGCUCUCGUGGACACUUUGAAAUGCAGACAGACACACACAAGGGAUGUAUUUUGAUAUGACUUAAAUAUAAACCAAAAUCUGGGAGGCAAAAAGAUAAACACACCUGCACAGUUCCUCAAGCUGUGUGUGACAGAGAGCUCCCAGGUAGUCGCAGUAAGCACUUGCCGGUGCUCUGAUGUUCAAGAACCUUACACCAUUGCUUUGCCAUUGCUUCACAUGAGGCCAGAGGUGUCCUGAAUGUUAGACCUAUUAUACUGUAAGAAUAUAAUUAUAAAGUGCAUUCAUAUAAAUGUGAGGUUUUCUUUUGCUUGAGUGGACAGUAGCACCUGUAUCAUCAAACUCAUUUUGUAUCAGAGCAAUUUUGCUUGCAGAAAGCUAUGAAAUAAAACAUGUCCCUUAACUACA